CUGAGCUUCUGGUCAGAGGCAACCCUAUGCUGAGAGGACACAACAGCCCUGAGGAGGCUGGCCAGCCAGGUGGGUGGGCAGAGGCAGGCUGAGAAUGCAGCAAGGAAGCUGAGGAAGAGCUGAGCAGGAAGAGACCAACAUCCAGAGCUGCUGCACACAGCCGUCCAUCAGGGUAAGACACUCCGACAGGCAGCUCCCCUCUAGCAGGGGCAGCACAUGUCAAACGCGUGUGUGUGUGCGCGCGCAUGUGUAACAGUGUGUGUGUGUGUUCAUCCGUGUGUGUGUGUGUGUGUGUGUGCGUGUUUGUAUGUGUGCUUCUACAUCUGCAUUGCUUGCUGUUUGGGGUUUUAGGCUGGGUUUCUGUAUAGCACUUUGUGACAUCUGCUGAUGUAAAAAGGGCUUUAUAAAUACAUUUCAUUGAUUGAUACGGUGUGUUGAUUGAUUGUAUGCGGUGUGGUCCGAAGGCUGCAGCAGCAUUAAUGGCUAUGAUCUAUUCUGUGUGAGGGAACGCAUUAGGCCUCAGCUGUUGGAGCACCACAGCUAUCUCACAGUAAUGUGAUGGCACUGGCAGAGCCUCUAUUUGAUGUGAACGAGAGAGAGAGAGAAAGAAAGAGAGAGGGAGAGGAGUCUGGGGGCUGUGGGAGGAUGGAUGAUGGAUGAUUUACAGCAUGGAUGCUAGGCUGCCUGGCUGGCGACUCAGCAGACACAAGCUAGUUAUGGUUCUGCUUUUUGCCACAAUCUUUCAUAGUCUCUCAUGUCUGGAGAUGUUGACAUUUAUAGUCAUUCAUGUAUGGAAAAAUAUUUGAGGUUAGAGUAUAUGUACAUAUAUAUUGCUAUAUGGUCUGAACUGUAUUUGUUCAGAUUAAAAGACACUUUUAUAACAGGUUGAUAAAGUUGGCCUAUGACUAUGUUACUAGCCUGUAUUAUUCUGUUUAGUUUUUCUGCAUAUUCAUCAAUUAUUUUAAAGAGGAACAAGUAUCUGCAGAAAUAUUUACAGUAGAUAUCUGAUAUAUCAAACAAAAACAUUUCUACCCGGCUGCCUGUGUUCUGACUGCAUGGAUGUCAGUGGGAAAACAGAAUUGGUGUCCAAAUCUCUGUUGAGUGUUUUGUGGUGUGUUCCAGGAGCUUCCUAACUUCCUGUUGUCUGUUGUCUCAGGGGGACGCUCACGCUCGCCUGGACCAUGAGCAAUGAGUCUACCGUCUGGAUCAACCUCACCGAGAACUCCACCGUAAGUCACUGCCAAGACCCCCUGGGGGGGUUGUGGGAGGCUGUGUGUGCGUGCCUGUGUGUUUGUGUGUGCACGCUCUGCUAACUGCUCGAGCUGACUAUGUUCUCCUUCUAUACUGCCUGACUGGCUAAUAGAGAGAACAUCCUGGUCUGGGCCUGAAAUAAUUAUAUCCCUGAUCUAAUCUCAAGUUUAAUUUCCCCUUUUAGAGAAAUUACAAUCUGACGUCAGUGUCAGCGGUCAUUAACACUGGGGUAACAUGCAUAUUACUGAGUGUAUGGUACUAUGUUCCUAUGUGUCUGUGGUAUUAAACAGACUUACAUGAGCAGCAUACCACUGUAUAACAGCUGUGUACUGCUGCUUCUCUUGAGCGGUUUGCAUCUAACAAUGCAAUGGAUGAAAGAAGCUUCAGAAGUUUGUUUUGGAUUGAUCUAGCUAGUUUCGAAGCAUUUGUUUCGAUAGUAGUGUAUCAACAGGGCAGUUGCCAAUGUUCAGCUAUUCUAAACUGUUGUCCUCCCGAGUGGCGCAGUGGUUUAAGGCAUUGCAUUGCAUCGCAGUGCUAGCUGUGCCACUAGAGAUCCUGGUUCGAAUCCAGGCUCUGUCGUAGCCGGCUGCGACUGGGAGACCCAUGGGGCGGCGCACAAUUGGUCCAGGGUAGGGGAGGGAAUGGCUGGCAGGGAUGUAGCUCAGUUGGUAGAGCAUGGCAUUUGCAACGCCAGGGUUGUGGGUUCGAUUCCAGUAUAAAAAAUAAAAAUGUAUGCACUCACUAACUGUAAGUCGCUCUGGAUAAGAGCGUCUACUAAAAUGUAAAAAUGUUUUCAAUUAGCCACACACAGCUUCCCUAGAGCCAGAGUGACUUGAUGUGAUGUUGGCAAGGUAAAGGUUUACUAUCUGGCCAGUAGAAAAGGCAUUCUGCCUUGGCUUUUCCAAAAGCUUUUAGGCAGACUACACAUAAUUCUAUCGAGUCCAACCUCAUUCAGACUCUGACCUUUUUGAUAAAAUUUUAACUGUGUCUUAGUCAGACAGCUAGACACCCUAAAAUCUCCUCCCUUUUGCAUUUAGUCAGCUCCAGCCCGCCCCUAAGAGCACCUUUUCCUAUCUUAGGUGCAGACAGGUUAAUAGCACAGGCCCCAAUGGAUUAAUACCUCUGUGGCGUUUAUAGAUUCAUGAUGCACAAACCAGUGGGGGUAAAUCAAUGGCUUUAAGCUGCAUGCUGUAAUUGGUAAGGUGGGCUGUUUGGGGAGGCCUUUCUCGUAGCAUUGUGUGUUUUUCACAUCUGAACGCUACCUGACUGAGAUGUGGCUUUUUUUGUGAUCAGUCUAACCAUCCCUGGCUUACGCAAUAGGUAGAAGUAUGUAUGGAGUGUAAUAAUUGCUCUCUAACAAGUAAAAGCAAUUAAAAGAAAAACUGUUGCAGAGGGAAGUGUAGCGUAGUACAGUGUUGCCAUUUUUUUCCAUUUAGCGCUCCUGCUGUCUUGUCUCACCUGAAUAGCCUGCUCACAAAGGGACCAGGGGAACAGUUAGCCAACAAGCCCUUCUACAAGUGGCUUCUCUCUGGGCUUUGAUGUUCAUGCUGGAAGAUGCAUGGCUCUGUGUUUUUUCACUUCUCUUCCCUCCACACACACACAGUCUCAGUGGCUCAGUUCUCCGCCCCAUCUCCCUCUCAGUAAACCCCCAUACCUCUCAGGAUCUUAUAGCCGCGCACUUAUCACCUCAACCCCAGAACAAUGAGCACACCUGUGCCCCCUCACCCUCCACCCUCCCCGCUCUCCUUCCGCCCACUCACUGCUAACCACAGUAGCAUGACACACAGGCAGGGUAUGAUCUACCAAACCUCAAUCUAAAACAAUAGAUUCAAUAAUAGAUGGAGAUGAAAUGUAAUUGUCUUAAGGGGUGCAUGUUUUAAAGUUCCAAGGGUUCUUUUCUUUUUAUCCCUGGUUUAACCACCUUGAUUAGUUCUAUUCUAUUCUAUUCUUCCAUCAGUCCUUCACAUCCCUGCAGCAUUCACUGUAGUCUCUACAGUUCCCGCUUUCCCUCAUCCUCUCUCCCAUGUUUUUCCAGGGGGUCUCAUUUGAGCCUGGUAAACAACAGGAUGGUUACGUCCUGCUGCUGGUGCUCCUGUCCAUUUUCCUGGUCCUGCUGUCUGUCCUGCUGAUCAUCUGCAGACGCUGCUGUGAUGGAGACUGCCGCCAUGCCAGGUCAGACCACUAGUCCAGUGGUUCCCAACCAGGGGUACUAGGCCCAUGGGGGUACUUGGCCUAUCCACACAGGGUACUUGAGAAGACUCAUGAGAACAUAGGCUUAGUGGUAAAAUGCACAUGAGGGGGUAAUCCGGGCAGAGCAAAAUUAAGUUGGUGGUACUGUAAUCAAAAAAGGUUGGGAACCACUGCACUGGUCUGCAUGGUUUAGUGAUGUAACUAUGCAUGACUAUGAGUGAGAUGGAGACCAUUCAAAUCCUGUGUUUACCAAACCAUCACACCCUGUCAUGAUUAGAACUGGGGCACAAUACAAUACACUACAUGCACAUGUGUGUCCAUCCCUCUGACAUAAAGAGUGCAUGCAGAGAUGUAACAAUGCAUGAUGUAAGUAUGGUAAAAAAAAAAAAAAAAAAGACUGUACAGUGCAUUCAGCUAUUAUUGAGUUAUGUUGUCUGUCUAGAGACCACUGUUGAUCUAACAUGGAAACAUCACUACAGCAUUUUAUGUGUAUAUUCAUUUGUAAGUGAUUAUUAAUCGUCUUCAUUCAGAAGUAGCUCAUUUUCUGUAGAUGUUAUGUCUGAGAGAUACAGAAUUCUAUUCUGUUUGUAUAUGAUAUGUUUAUUCCAUUUCCAUGCUCCUCUCUUUUCAGUACACAGCAGCAGAGUCAGAUAGUGGCAGGCUGCAGGCUGCCGGGGUAGUCAGACAGUGGCAGGCUGCAGGCUGCCGGGGUAGAGUAGUGCAGACUGGUACAAAUGAUGAGUGUAAUGAGAUUUCAUAGCAGCCAUCAACGCUGAUUAAUCUUGCGUCUCACACUGUCAUAAACUCUAGCUACAGCACACACACACACACGCACACACACGCACACGCACACGCACACACACACACACACACACACACACACACACACACACACACACACACACACACACACACACACACACACACACACACACACACACACACACACACACACACACACACACACACACACACACACACACACACACACACACACACACACACACACACACACACACACACACACACACACACACACAGGCCAGGCAGAGAGCACAGAGGAAAUGAAAGCACAGAGCCGGGCGGCCAGAGAAAUCCCUCAAGUCAUUCUCAUACAGAUAUUAUGAACUGGGUGGUUCGAACCAUGAAUGGUGAAUGGCUGACAGCCUUGGUAUAUCAGACCGUAUACCACGGGUAUGACAAAACAUGUAUUUUUACUACUUUAAUUACAUUGGUAACCAGUUUAUAAUAGCAAUAAGUCAUCCUUGUUGCAUCGUGCCUAAGAACAGCCCUUAGCUGUGGUAUAUUGGCCAUAUACCACACCCCCUCGUGCCUUAUUGCUUAAAUAUAGCAGAAAGGAACCACAGACACUCUGACAGGGAAGAGAUCUCAGCUGCUCUACUGCUCCAGAAUAAGGCUGUGGUGGGAGUCAAAAACACAGUGCAUCAGUGCAUUUAGGGCAAUUACAGAUAAUAAAAUAGGGAGAAUUCCUCCCCUUAGAGAAAUUAUUACGAAGAGAACUGCAGAUAUUUCAUUUGUAUCAUAGUAGGUAUUAGUAGAGAUCUAAUCUUGUAAUAUUUAUUAGUAUAAAUAAUACUCUGUAUUAGUAUUAGAAAGAAAACCCAUAGUAUAGAACUGACAUCUCAUUCUCUGUUGAAGAGGUCAAGAGGCCCAUUUUCCCUGAAGGUUUCCAUGUCACCUGACAUGAUUUACAUGUACAUUGAUUAUGCUGCUACUAGUCAGAUUGACCUUGCUGUGAGAGUAUGCUUGUCCUCUCUAUGUGCUCCUGUUAGCUCGCCUACUGUCUAGGGCUAAGCAUAUGGCUAUAUUUCAAAAGACACCCUAUUCUCGAUGUAGGGCACAACUUUUGAUGCAACUCUGGUCAGAAGUUGCGCACUACAUACAGAAUAGGAUGUGAUUUGAGACGUAGCUGUAGACUUCAGGGGUAAAGAUGUCUGUGCAUUGAUCGGUGCUCCUCUGUGCUGCAGGGCCAGCGAUGACCCUGAGAAAACCAACACCAGCUACAUGGAGGAGUCUCAACCAGUCCAUGGUAAAUCAAAACCCCCUGUUUCUCAUUCGUCAGCACUUGGAAAAAAGAAUGUAUAGCAGCCGAAUAAAACACUCUUGCUCCAAUGCAAAUGACUGAUUUAAAGUCACUAAUGUUUUGGCAGGAAGCUGCCUCCAUCAGGGUUUCUUUGCGUCUCAAGUAAACACUCAUGGCCAUUGGCCAUAUUGCCAUGUACUGUACUAACCCAGGAACAAACGGUUCUGUGAAAGUGAAGCCAUGCUCCUCUGCUACAGUACAUAGUCAUGCCAUGUAUAUACAGACAUUUCGAUGUGGUUUAUCUGAGGAUCUCAGCUCUCUCCUGGGUAUGAUAAUUCAGGAAUACAUUUGCAUUCAUUAAGCGAGACAAGGUAAUUACCUAAGGCUAGGGACAUUUAGUACACAAUAUCAGAUCUGCUUUGUCCUGAAUAUAUUAGAACAAACAAAGUUCCAUUUGAAAAGUGAAUGUCAUACACACACACACACACACAGCAUGGCGCUUGCCUGGAUCAUAGGUUUGAUUCUCCCUGGGACCAACCUUCCAUCAGACCCUGACCUCUCUCCCCCCCCCAGGAGAGAUCACCAUCCGUGUAGACGAGUCAGACUGCCUAUCGGCCGCCAGCUCCCACAUGGACAUGGAGACAGAGCGCUUCCUGUCCACGGGCACCCAGGGCGGCCGCCGCGUCUCUUUCAACGAGUCGGCACUCUUCGACCACGGAAAGAAGGCCCAGGAAAAAGGCCGCAGGUCAGACUGAUUCCUCCGCCAGACGCCCACUCACUCCCCCGCAGUAGACCACUCUGAAUAUGCUCAUAUUCUACAAUACAAUACAAUGACUGCCUUAGCAACAAGCUGUUUGUGUGUUUAAAACCGGUGAAAAGAUGCUCUUACUUUGUUACAUUAGAAUACAUUAUGGAGACAUUUCUAAGAGCCAUCUGUGUAAUACAUUAUAAAGGCAGUUUGAAGAGCUGUUAUGGAUGCUUUAUUAUAGGGUAAUAAUAGGGACUGAUGCUCUGAAAAUGCAUUAUACACACAUUAUUCAUAAAGGAUUUCCAAAAUGCAGACAUACUCGCAGAACAUAAUUGUGCAGUGUAGCCUACUUUACCAAUAGGAUGUGGUUCUCUGUUUGUAAAGGGUUAACCACAAAUGACUUCAUAAUGUAUGGUAUGGUAACAAAGCUCUGUGUCCUCCAAUUACUGAAUAUAUGAAUGGACAAAGCCAUCGAUCACAUGACACCAUUCAUUCCUAUGUGAAGCCUCAAUAGCGCAUUAAAGCCAAAUUAAGUCGGUUAAGAUGGCGUCUCAUGGAGACAUAACAUCAGAGAGGAAGAGGCGAAGCGAGAGGUUUUACUAAGUCCAAAAUCUGUCCAGGAAAAUAAGCCCACGAAGUUAGGAUUUUUUUUAUGGAGGUCAAUGAGCGAGUUUCGAAUUUGGUCAACAAAAAAUGUAAUUGCUAAUUUGCUACGUGAGGCAUAUAGAAGUUUUGUAAUGGUUAGGUUGUUACGAAUGCACUGAUAUAAGUGGAGGCACAUGGCAUUUCGGCAACUUUGGGAAAAAAACUACUUUAUUUGGAGUUGAGCCUGUUGUCAUAGAGAUGGAUAGAGGACUCAUCAUGGAUAUAACCAGUUUUAGCAUGGACAUUGCCAUUGAGGGCUUCCACCAUUUUAAAGAAGGCAACUGGGUGGGGAUUCCUAUGAGUUGGGAGCAAUCAGCCAAUGAAAAAUAAGAAAGCCUCAAUGGCGCUGUCACAGAUGCUAUAAUGGCACAGAUACAAAUAUGAGUCCUAUUUCUAGCUCUAUGGCCUGCUGUUCAUAUGCGUAUCUGCCCUCUCAUUGGUUAGAAUGGUCCCACCUGAUUUUGCCUCCUCCCGCGUGCCUGCCAUCUUUGGGGACAUGUAUUUCCAUUGUUAGAGCGGUCACUUGGCUAUCUUGUCAAUAUAAUAGACAAUCUUUGAUAACGUGCAGUUUGAGCUACUCCAGGAAGUGACGUUGCAGGCUAGCUCAGUGCUGCCCCCUCUCAUUGAGUAAAUCAGGUUGAAGGCCGACCGGUAGUGCAGGCUGCAAUUAGCAACUAAAUGAUCCUUAUUACUUCUUCUGUGUGCGAUUUUAAAUUAAUCAGUUCAAGGACAUACACUACAUGACCAAAAGUAUGUGGACACCUGCUCGUCGAACAUCUCAUUCCAAAAUCAUAGGCAUUAAUAUGGUCCCCCCUUUGCUGCUAUUACAGCCUCCACUCUUCUGGGAAGGCUUUCCACUAGAUGUUGGAACAUUGCUGCAGGGACUUGCUUCCAUUCAGCCACAAGAGCAUUAGUGAGGUUGGGCACUGAUGUUGAACAAUUAAACCUGGCUUGCAGUCGGCGUUCCAAUUCAUCUCAAAGGUGUUCGAUGGGGUUGAGGUCAGGGCUCUGUGCAGGCCAGUCAAGUUCUUCCACACCGAUCUCGACAAACCAUUUCUGUAUGGAUCUCACUUUGUGCACGGGGGCAUUGUCAUGCUUAAACAGGAAAGUGUCUUCCACAAACUGUUGGCACAAAGUUGGAAGCACAGUAUCAUCUAGAAUGUCAUUGUAUGCUGUAGUGUUAAGGUUUCCCUUCACUGGAACUAAGGGGCCUAGCCCGAACCAUGAAAAACAGCAAAAUACCAUUAUUCCUCCUCCUGCAAACUUUACAGUUGGCACUAUGCAUUCGGGCAGGUAGCGUUCUCCUGGCAUCCACCAAACCCAGAUUCGUCCGUCGGACUGCCAGAUGGUGAAGUGUGAUUCAUCACUCCAGAGAACGCAUUUCCCCUGCUCCAGAGUCCGAUGGCGGCAAGCUUUAGACCACUCCAGCUGACACUUCGCAUUGCGCAUGGUGAUCUUAGGCUUGUGUGCGGCUGCUCAGCAAUGGAAACCCAUUUCAUUUCAGCUCGCAACUAACAGUUAUUGUGCUGACGUUGCUUCCAGAGGCAGUUAGGAAAUCGGUAGUGAAUGCUGCAACCGAGGAUAGAUGAUUUUUACGCGCUACGUGCUUCAGCACUCGGCGGUCCCGUUCUGUGAGCUUGUGUGGCCUACCACUUCACGGCUGAGCCGUUGUUGCUCCUAGACGUUUCCAUUUCACAAUAACAGCACUUACAGUUGACCGGGGCAGCUUUAGCAGGGCAGAAAUAUGAGGAACUGACUUGUUGGAAAGGUGGCAUCCUAUGACGGUGACACGUUGAAAGUCACUGAGCUCUUCAGUAAGGCCAUUCUACUGACAAUGUUUGUCUAUGGAGAUUGUAUGGCAGUGUGCUCGAUUUUAUACAACUGUCAGCAAUGGGUGUGGCUGAAAUAGCCGAAUCCACUAAUUUGAAGGGGUGUCCACAUACUUUUGUAUAUGUAGUGUAUAACUGGUAUAGUAGAAGCAGUUAUUGGUACCAUGAUUAUCUUAGAAAAAGAAGAUUGCCAUUUUUCCAUUCACUAUAAUGGGGGAUCCUGUUUUCUGCUAUCAAUGCCUGCAGUACCGAGGUCGGCCUUGAACUUCCGUGGCUUCAUUGAGAGGAGUCAGUCCUUCUCCCAUCGUGCGCUCUCUCCCUCUCGCUCGCUCUCUCUCUCACUCUCUCUCUCUCAAUUCAAUUCAAUUCAAGGGGUUUAUUGGCAUGGGAAACAUAUGUUUACAUUGCCAAAGCAAGUGAAAUAGAUAAUAAACAAAAGUGAAAAACAAUAAAAUAAAAUAACAGUAAACAUUACACUAAAUAUAUUUCAAAUGUCAUAUUAUGUGCAAAUAGUUAAAGUACAAAAGGGAAAAUAAAUAAACAUAAAUAUGGGUUGUAUUUACAAUGGUGUUUGUUCUUCACUGGUUGCCCUUUUCUUGUGGCAACAGGUAACAAAUCUAAUUCUUUGCAUGAGCCCCACAUCAUUCUGAUAUGCAAAUGAGAAGUGAGAAUUCCUCAGUGUGUUCCAGCCCGGUCCUAAAAAGCUUGAUCCAACAAAUGAAACACUUGAUGAUUAGUGGAAUCAGGUGUAGUGAUAGUUGAGAAGAAAAGCCUUCACUACCUGCGGGUCCCAAGGACUAGAUAGAAGAACAUUCCUUGAACGUGACAGCGGCACUUCUAUUGUGUCAGCCUCCAACUGUCUGAGCUGUUUCUCAUGUUUCUCAACUCCUUUCCACCUCAGGUUCACUUUGACGGAGGGUGACUUCCACCACCUGAAGAAUGCGCGGCUCACACACCUCCACAUCCCGCCACUGGCCCUCAAGAUCGUCACCAUCCACGAGUGUGAGUCAUCGGAGAACAGCAUCGCCAUGACGACCCGCCCCGCCGCCAAGUCCAGCCUCUCCAUCUUCCAGGUGAAAGCCAGUCUACUGUGCUGCUAUUAGCAGUGAUACAUCAUUAGUCAUGACUGGGCCAAUUAGGCCAUCCAUCAAUGUGGGGCCCACAACAUGUAUCAAGCCUAUCAAAUGCAGCCCAUGGAUAAUUCUGCCUGCUCAUUCCAAUGGGCCAAAUACAUUGAUUUUGCAUUUAUCUGAGGUUUCUCAAUCAUUGGCGCUGAACUUGCUUGGACUUGAUUUGUCACUAACUACUAGGCUAAUGACCUCUCCCAGUCCUGAUGUAGAAUUCAGUCUGUGGUAUGUGUAUCCUCCUGGCUGUGCCCUGAUGGUGUAUAUUCUGUGUUUGCGUGUGUGUGUGUGUGUGUGUGUGUAGCCGGCUCUGUGUGCCCGAAGGCCCCAGUGUCCCCUGCCCCAGACAGCAUUGACCAGUCUGAGUGUCAGCCCCAGCUCAGCCCUCCCUGGGGACACCCUUAACUCAGUGGUGGACACCAGCUUCAGUGAGAAUCCCCCGGCCCCCGGUACCAAGGAGCCCAGCAUCAGCAGCGUGAGUCACUUACCCCUAUCUGUCAAUCAACCCACCAAUCAACCACAUUUUAUAUUAUGUGCAGUUUUGAACCCUACGUUAAGGGACUCGGUUUAUCAUUCAUCAUCACAUACAAAGUGUCUACCUACAUAUGACAGGGCCGAAUGACAGUAUUUUUGGGUUGAAUUUAAACCCUUAUGUUUUAAUUAAUUUAACCACGGAAUACAGUUAGCCACUAAUCACACGUAUGAUGAGUCUGAAUAGACAAUAUCAUUUUUAUUUUAUUAACUGAUUUAUUUAUUUAUUUAUUUUUGGGGGGGGGGGGGGGUAGAUCAGCUUUGAAAUGUGCAGAUAUAAUUUAAAUAGAGAAUAAUUGACAUGAUUGCAAAUAUACAAAUGGGUUAAACACACACAGUAGCACACACUAAGCUUGAGGGAACAUUGAAGCCAAGAGGUUAUCAUGAAACCUCUGAACCGUGAGAGAAGUAAGGAGUGUGCAUCCAGUGUCCCUAGUCACUCUGUCUGAGUGACAACAGUGGUGGAGGAUGAUGGGUAAAUAAGGGAGAGCCUCUGGAACAGCCUCGUCAGGGGAGAUUACAGACAUCGCUGCUCCCCACAUCUGCUCAUCGCUCCUGUCUGCUCACUGGCCCCGCUCUCCCUCUCCGUGAUAGAUAGGAGAAAGUUAACAGUUGCAUGGAAAAUUAUAGAAUUUUUGUUGUUUUUCAUAACCUUGGGAGGAAGAUUAAAAACACAUUUCUAUGAACUUCCAUUUGUCCUUGGAGUAUCUGUCGUAUUGCAAUCACUAAAAGGUUAUUGUCCACACAAUAUGGACAACUCCCUUAUAUCCCCUCCCAGAUUGAGGUGAUGGUAUCUGGCUCCAGGAAUGGGGGAAGUCCGUCUUUGAGUGAAGGGGCAUCGGUGAUGUCUGUGACGGGUGCAUCUCCUGGCACGGGGGUGGGGCAGGGCCCCGUGCUGCAGUUCUUCACCAAACUGAGGCGCCAUGCCAGCCUGGAGGGAGCAAGCCCAUACUUCAAGAUCAAGAAGUGGAAGCUGGACAGCAGCCAGCGGGCCUCCAGUCUGGACACCAGAGGUACAGGACACUUGGCUUUUAAUCAAAUGAAAUAAAAUGUUAUUUGCCACAUGCGCCGAAUACAACAGGUGUAGUAGACCUUACAGUGAAAUGCUUACUUACAAGCCCUUAACCAACAAUGCAGUUUUUUAAGAAAAAAAAAAAAAGUGUUAAGUAAAAAAUAGAUAAAUAGAAAAUAGCAAAUAAUUAAAGAGCAACAGUAAAAUAAAAUAACAGCAGGGAGGCUAUAUACAGGGGGUACUGGUACAGAGUCAAUGUGCGGGGGCACCGGUUAGUCGAGGUAAUUGAGGUAAUAUGUACAUGUGGGUAGAGUUAAAGUGACAAUGCAUAAAUAAUAAACAGAGUAGCAGCAGCGUAAAAGAGGGGGUUGGGGUGGGGGUGGGGGCAAUGCAAAUAGUCAGGGUAGCCAUGAUUAGCUGUUCAGGAGUCUUAUGGCUUGGGGGUAGAAGCUGAUAAGAAGCCUUUUGGACCUAGACUUGGCGCUCCGGUACCGCUUGCCGUGCGGUAGCAGAGAGAACAGUCUAUGACUAGGGUGGCUGGAGUCUUUGACAAUUUUUAGGGCCUUCCACUGACACCGCCUGGUAUAGAGACAGGAAGCUUGGCCCCAGUGAUGUACUGGGCCGUAUCUAUUAGUAUGUUAUGAUGAUAUGCUUAUGUACAGAUUGAUGGAGCAUCGGCUUGGAUUUACAUGAUUGUUUGUUUUUUCCGGAUUUAGUGUACAAAUUCUAUUUCUAUCUGGGCCUGGUUUACCAAAAGCAUCUUAAGGCUAAGUUCAUCAUUAGAACCACGAUGAACUUAGCCUUAAGAUGCUUUUGGGAAACCGGGUCCUGUUCCCUUGUGGAAAAAGACAAUGCCUCUUAAGAAUGAGAAAAAGACAAUGCCUCUUAACAAGAGGCUUCACGGACUGGCAAGGUGCAUAGUGCACAUGAUAUUAGGUGUUUACACAGGAUUUGGGAAUGUGUUUAAUCCAUUUUAUCAUGUCACUCUGGGAGCCAGGAAGUCUGAAGGAACCACGGUUAUCUAUCUUAGAAUUAGUUAUAGAGGGACUGUCCCGUCUGGGGUGCCGACUGGUACCAUCUCGGUUGGGAUGGUCUUCCAGUGAUAGUUGCCAGAUGUUGGUUAAAACUUGUUUAUCUUAUAGUAUAUAAACUGAGAGAUUUCUUUGUCUCUCAUUCUGAUAGCAAGAGGCAACUCACUUGCAGCUUGUUAUGUUGAAUCCGGGUCCAUAUAAUUAAAUACAUUGUAACAAAUCUCCAUCUAAGAGUUAUUUGUAUUCUUGCGUCCUGACUUCCUUAAUACCAGAGAAACACAUCAUAUCAGCACACUAACACACAAACACAUACAGUUAGGGAAAAAAGUAUUUGAUCCCCUGCUGAUUUUGUAUGUUUGCCCACUGACAAAGACAUGAUCAGUCUAUAAUUUUAAUGGUAGGUUUAUUUGAACAGUGAGAGACAGAAUAACAACAACAAAAUUCAGAAAAACGCAUGUCAAAAAUGUUAUGAAUUGAUUUGCAUUUUAAUGAGGGAAAUAAGUAUUUGACCCCUCUGCAAAACAUGACUUAGUACUUGGUGGCAAAGCCCUUGUUGGCAAUCACAGAGGUCAGACGUUUCUUGUAGUUGGCCACCAGGUUUGCACACAUCUCAGGAGGGAUUUUGUUUCACUCCUCUUUGCAGAUCUUCUCCAAGUCAUUAAGGUUUCGAGGCUGACGUUUGGCAACUCGAACCUUCAGCUCCCUUCACAGAUUUUCUAUGGGAUUAAGGUCUGGAGACUGGCUAGGCCACUCCAGGACCUUAAUGUGCCUCUUCUUGAGCCACUCCUUUGUUGCCUUGGCCGUGUGUUUUGGGUCAUUGUCAUGCUGGAAUAACCAUCCACGACCCAUUUUCAAUGCCCUGGCUGAGGGAAGGAGGUUCUCACCCAAGAUUUGACGGUACAUGGCCCCGUCCAUCGUCCCUUUGAUGAGGUGAAGUUGUCUUGACCCCUUAGCAGAAAAACACCCCCAAAGCAUAAUGUUUCCACCUCCAUGUUUGACGGUGGGGAUGGUGUUCUUGGGGUCAUAGGCAGCAUUCCUCCUCCUCCAAACACGGCAAGUUGAGUUGAUGCCAAAGAGCUCGAUUUUGGUCUCAUCUGACCACAACACUUUCAUCCAGUUCUCCUCUGAAUCAUUCAGAUGUUCAUUGGCAAACUUCAGACGGCCCUGUAUAUGUGCUUUCUUGAGCAGGGGGACCUUGCGGGCGCUGCAGGAUUUCAGUCCUUCACGGCGUAGUGUGUUACCAAUUGUUUUCUUGGUGACUAUGGUCCCAGCUGCAUUGAGAUCAUUGACAAGAUCCUCCCGUGUAGUUCUGGGCUGAUUCCUCACCGUUCUCAUGAUCAUUGCAACUCCACGAGGUGAGAUCUUGCAUGGAGCCCCAGGCCGAGGGAGAUUGACAGUUAUUUUGUGUUUCUUCCAUUUGCGAAUAAUCGCACCAACUGUUGGCACCUUCUCACCAAGCUGCUUGGCGAUGGUCUUGUAGCCCAUUCCAGCCUUGUGUAGGUCUACAAUCUUGUCCCUGACAUCCUUGGAGAGCUCUUUGGUCUUGGCCAUGGUGGAGAGUUUGGAAUCUGUUUGAUUGAUUGCUUCUGUGGACAGGUGUCUUUUAUACAGGUAACAAGAUGAGAUUAGGAGCACUCAGUGUGCUCCUAAUCUCAGCUCGUUACUUGUAUAAAAGACACCUGGGAGCCAGAAAUCUUUCUGAUUGAGAGGGGGUCAAAUACUUAUUUCCCUCAUUAAAAUCCAAAUCAAUUCAUAACAUUUUUGACAUGCGUUUUUCUGGAUUUUUUUGUUGUUAUUCUGUCGCUCACUGUUCAAUUAAACCUACCAUUAAAAUUAUAGACUGAUCAUUUCUUUGUCAGUGGGCAAACGUACAAAAUCAGCAGGGGAUCAAAUACUUUUUUCCCUCACUGUACACAGGGCUCUCACACUGUGCUCACACUCUAACAGAUGGCUUUAUGACGCAGGGCUCUUCUCUUCCAAGGCAUUGUGAGUCUAACUGAAGCCUCCCCACAGAUCCCCUCACACACAUACCGCUCUCUCUCACGCUUCCCCUAUACUCAGCGAACAACAGAGCACACAGGACUAACACCCCCAAAAUAUCUCAAAGCCUGCUGGGAUCUCUUCAUGACAUCAUUGUGACGCAUGUCACCUCCAGAUCUAUUUUGAUGCUAACGCCUCAGAUGUCACUCCAAUAUGCUGAACAUUCACUAUGGUGAAUGUUUGUGCUAACGUCCUUUGCCAUCCCAUGUCCCUCUGUACCCUCAGACUAAUGUCUAAGGUCCUCCUGUCUCUGUGUGUCAGGGUCCCCUAAGAGGAGGCAGUUCCAGCGGCAGCGCGCUGCCAGUGAGAGCAUGGACCAGGAGGAUAGCGACGCCCACCACAUUGACCUCAUCCAGUACAUUGCCCGCACCCAGGACGCCACCUACCGCCCCUCCGUCUCCGCCUCGGCCUGCCUCCUGCCCCACACCUCCCCCUCCACGCCACCACACUCCCUCGGCAGGUAUCUUUAAUUCCCUCGCCAUCCUUCCACCUCACUGCUUUGCCUCCGUCAUCACUACGGGAGCUAGCGCCUCUCUGCUAAACGGAUGAAUUAGUCACAGUUGCCUCUAGACACUGAUCGAAGGUCAGUUUUGCAUUUCCUGUUAAGGUCAGCAUUUGGGGAGAGUAAGCUGAUCCUAGAUCUGCCUACAGGCAACUUUUACCCACAGCUGCUUAACAAGCCCAUUCCAUCGCUGAUGCAAGUGUUUGUUUACGAAUGGCAUGUUUUUUUGCUGGAUGGGGAGGAGGGGUACUGAGGGGGUGCUGUGGGUUUAUUGAAGAUACUCUUUGAAGAGGUAGGGUUUCAGAUGUUUUCGGAAGAUGGGCAGGGACUCUGCUGUCCUAGCUUCAGGGGGAAGCUGGUUCCACCAUUGGGGUGCCAGGUAUAUGAACCGCAUUUAAGUAAUAAUCAAAGCCAAUCCAUAUUUGUUUCCUCUACAGUGCUGGAAGCAGAUAGUAUUCAUGUUUCUUCAUUAUGCUAACAUAAUGCAAGCCAUACAGUAUGUCAUGCUUCUAAUCGAUAUUUAACUAACUGUGACCAGUAAGAUCACAAUGUAGGGAAAUUCAACACAUUUGCAAAGCACAUGUGGUCCUCUGUAGCUCAGCUGGUAGAGCACGGCGCUUGUAACGCCAAGGUAGUGGGUUCGAUCCCCGGGACCACCCAUACACAAAAAAAAAUUAUGCACGCAUGACUGUAAGUCGCUUUGGAUAAAAGCGUCUGCUAAAUGGCAUAUUAUUAUUAUUAUUAUUAUUACAUGACAUUGGUGCAUUGCAGUUCAGUGGUUUGUGGAAAACAUGCUACUACCAUAGCAAGUCAUGGUGACCACUUGUAAUCACAGCGGCUGGAAACAUCAGACUUCAGACAUCAGAUGUGUGUAUGGGCGUCAUGAGGGUGCACUGUGACUGACUCUUGUACUGUGUGUGUGUGUGUGUGUGUAUGCGUGCGCCUGUCUUCGUACUUGUGUGUGUGUGUCACCACAGGUUAGAGGUGGAGGUGGUGGUGGAGCCCAGCUGCAGCAGGGGCCAGAGGCCGGAGGUGAUCGGCCUGUCCCCGGAGCCCCAGGACGAGCCAGCGAGCCAGGGGGACUGUAGACAGGAGAGCUCGACAUCAGACCACCAGGCCCUGUACAGAGACAUCUGGACGCUCCGGUCCUCCCUGGAGCAGUACGGCUCCUCAGACCAGAUCAGCAACAACCGCAGCGACGCUGACAGUGUCUGCUCCCUGGGGGGGCGGACCAAGAGGGGGGGGCUGCCUAGUUACCCCUCCCAGGACAUCGGGGACGGGGAUGAGCCCGAGGGGGACGUGGAGCUGCCCGUGGAUGAAGGGAUGGGAGAGAAGGAGAAAGGGGGGAAGCAGGACAGUUUGGAGUCAGAGAGGGGCAGUGACGGGGAGUCAGGGAACCGUAAAUUAAUGCAGAUGGACAGUGGCUAUACGUCUAUAGAGGCUCCAUCACGGGCACCAGAGGAGCUGAGACUGUUUGGCAGUAGUGGCAGUAUGGACAGGUUGGCCCUGGAGAAGAGACACUACUUCACCAGUGCAGGGAGCACUGGCACGGUGGGCGAGAGCUUCGAGGCCCGCAUCUUCGAGGAAGAGCCAGAUGAGGAGACGCCGGCGGGUGCGACGGGCGGCGUCACCAUAGAAACGGACAGGUCACCCCUGGGCUGGUCUCCGUAUGGUCAGAUGUUCACCCCGCAAGAGGCGCAGCCGCACCCCCAUCCCCCCUUAUCAAUUCACCGCCGCGACUACAGCAUCGACGAGAAGACGGACGCGCUCUUCCACGAGUUCCUCCGCCACGACCCCCAGUUUGACCAGCAGGAGACGCCGAAGAAACAUCGCUCGCGCAUCCACCUCCGCAAGCAGUGGCAGCGCCACAAGCAGUACAGCGACCCAGGCGUUCGCUACCAGCAUCACUCGUUCGAGAGGCAGCGGAACCCCCUCCGACGAGGCGAUAGCGUCAACUACCCGCUGGACACAGGCUACCACAGCACGCUUCCACGCAUCGUCAGUGCGCCUGAUGAGGAGGCCAGCGAGGGGGUCCCCAGCACCCCCCAGACGCCCAAGGCCGAGGCGGUGGUGGUGGGAGGGGCAGGAGAUGCCGAGGUGGAGGAAGGAGACAGGAGGAGAGAGAGUCUCAGCAGUACCGUGACCAUCAGAGACGACAACGGGAGGGCAUCCUGUUCCCCUCCCCCUGUCCCUGAGAGAGAGGGGCUGCUAGGGGAGCAGCCCAACCCCCAGGAGGACCCUAGGCUGGCGGGGCACCCCCCUGAGCCCCCUGAUGAGCCCCCCCAGCCCCCUGACAAGGGCUACGGCCCACAGACCAUCACAGCCGAGCUGACGGACAAGCUGAGCGCCACCCUGGAUGAGCGGCUGUACACGGGCCUGCGACAGAUAAAGGACACGGCGGUGGUGACUGAGUGUGUGGUGACGGAUACUCAUGCCUCCCCCGACCAUAGCCCAGUG